UAUGCAGAACAUGAGAAGUGCAUGCAGGACUUAAGAUAUUUAUAUUCAGGACAAGAAAAAUAUAUGCAGGACAUCAAAAUUAUAUGCAGGAGACGAAAAAUAUAUGCAGGAGAUGAAAAAUGUAUGCAGGACGUUUAAUAUUUAUAUCCAAGACAAGAAAAAUGUAUGCAGGACAUAAUAAAUAUGCAGUACAACAGAAGUGUAUGCAGGACGUGAAAUAUGUUCAGAACAUGACAAAUUGUCAGGACAAAAUGCUAAUAUAAAUUACAUUUCUGCAUAUCUAUUUCAUAUUUUCUGAAUGAAAUAAUUUCUUCUUCUUCUGCAUGUAUAAUUUCAUAUCGUCCUGCAUGGUAAUAUUGAGUUCAUCCUGGAUAGUCUUAUCUAAAACGGUUUGUUAUUGAUUCCUAGGGUAUACGGUAGAUGGCGAGGCGAAGGGAAUUCCUACGCUGGUGUUAAGCGUCCCCCAAAACUGAUGACGUCACCAUUAUAAAGGUGUAAUUUGCCUCGCAAUUUGCCGAAAGGCCUGAGUGCGCGGCCUGAUCUGAAUGGUCUAAAGUAGCGGCGAUGUCGCGUCCUCAAGCACAGAACAAAAAGGAAGAAACUGAAUUUUGGUUAUCAAUUCCACGUUUUUAUUCCCAGGCUCAUAUGCAGACACAAUCAUUUGACGUCAAUGUUUUAGAAUUCUAUCUUUGUCGUUGCAAGGAGUACUUAAAAACACUGAAUGUGAUGGCACUUCGUGCACAUGAGCUCGGCACUGAUGAUGAUUAUGGCAGUGCCAGUGCCAGUGAAGCUGGGCCUGUACAUCAAGUAGGACUACUAGUACUAGGCCUACACCAUGGUGAUCAAAACGAUGGUGCUGAUGGGUUACUGACACAAGUUGACAACGAUAUGUCGGUAUUGGUUCUUUAUUUCUUGAAACUGCGUGAAGAUUUGACGGCUCGUUUAGAGUUAUUGCAACGUCCUCAACAAGCUGCUUUCCCACCCUCUACCAUUGAUCAGCCCAUGCAGCAAAACUGGACAGCCGAGAGACUGAAUAGGCCUAACACUAUAAACAGUAAGGAAGCCCAUCUGCACCAACAGGACCCAGAGCCAGAUGAGGCAGUGCCCAUGACGAGCAGACAUGCGGUGGGUACUGGUAGCCUGCCGCCUGCUGCUGCUGGUGGAGGAGAGCCAGGGGAGGCACUUUCAAUUUCUGUGGGUCGCCCAAGGGUAGACAUCAAUGCCGAAUCUGUGCGAAGGAUGCGUGAAGUUGGUUAUAAUUGGCGGACAAUAUCAAAAGUUCUUGGAGUGAGUGAAAGAACACUGAGAAAGCGCCGAAUGGAAUCUGAUUUCCUUGAGCUGGACAUGGAAUACAGUACGUUGACUGAGGAUGAACUCGAUGAUGAGCUUAGAAAAAUUAUGGAGCUGACACCACGUUCAGGGGAGUCCUUCAUGACUGGCGCCUUGAGAUCUAGGGGUAUUCGCAUUCGUGGACAAGACUUGAGGGACAGCUUGAAUCGUAUUGAUCCCGUCUCACGUGCUCUCCGAAGAAGGCGUGUUACCUACAGGAGAAAAUACAGUGUUCCACAUGCAAAUUACAUUUGGCACAUCGAUGGGAACCACAAGUUAAUUGACCCAUGGUGAUUUGUAGUUCAUGGUGGGAUUGAUGGAUUCUCAAGACUUUGUGUGUAUCUUGCGUGUAAUACAACGAACAGGGCUAAGUACGUACUAGAGGUAUUAAGCUCAGCCACUGAACAGUACCAGUAUCUUUCUCGUAUAAGGUGUGAUUAUGGUGUAGAGAAUGUUGAUGUGGCAAGGUUAAUGUUGGAUGUCCGUGGAACGAACCGAGGAAGUGUUAUUACUGGCCUAUCAACUCAUAAUCAGCGCAUUGAAAGGUUAUGGAGGGACGUUCAUGAGUGUGUUCUGUCAGUUUUCAAGGACAUAUUCUUUUUCAUGGAAAAGGAAGGCAUUGCUGAUCCAUACGUGCCUACUCAUGUGUUUGCCAUGCGCUACGUCUUUACUCCUAGAGUUCAGAGAGCCCUAGAUGAAUUCUCCAAUCAGUGGAAUAACCAUCCAGUGAGAACCAUGCACAACCGAAGCCCUAAUAUGGUUUGGUUAGAAAACAUGAACAGCAACUCCAAUCUUGUAAACCCCAGUGAUGUUUACGAUAUAGAUGAAGAUGGACCUGUUCCCGACAUUCAAACUAAGAACAAUGUUCAGGUUCCAUGUAUCAACUUGGCAAUUACUGAUGAGGCUUUACAGCAUUUGCAUGUAGUUGUAGACCCCCUUAAUGACGAUUGCAACCAUGGGAUAGAUUUGUUCUUACAAACAGUUUCCUAUCUUACUGAUCAUUCCAGUUAAAAUGACGUGUUGCCUACC